UCUUUGGUGGGAGAACAACAUGGGAACAUGCAAGGCUCUGGUCUGUUGAAAAUUUGGAGAACUUUAUGUUCUGCUCUUCUUUGCCUUCCAUGUAUGUCCCAGCUCUGAUUCUACAUCAAGACCAAGUUGUUUGCAUUCUCCAAAUCUGGGGAAAAAUUUAAAUGGAGAAAACUUUAGAAAUGAGGAAAACAUUGAAAGUUAAGAUGUGUGCUUAGGUUUGAGAAUCUCUGGCCAGCUCUGGUGGUGUCUGUGCAUCAGGACGAGAGAGCUCAAAGAGAAUCCCUGGGAGCAAACAAGACUUCACCUUUGACCUUGGUCUGCCUUCAAAGAGGAGAAUGGGUUGUGACCAGAGCUGUGGUCUGCUGUCUGCUGCAAUCAUUGGUGCAGUUCUGGCUGUGUUUGGAGGUGCCCUGAUACCAGUUGGAAACUAUUUCAUUGAGAAGACAGUAAAAAAGGACUGUGUAAUUGAAAAUGGUACAAUUGCAUAUGAAAACUGGGUUGUGCCCGGAAGUCCUGUCUAUAGAGAGUUUUGGAUCUUCAAUGUGGAAAACCCAUCGGAUGUGAUGCAGAAUGGAUCACGCCCAAUUCUGAAGCAGAAAGGACCUUACACGUACAGGCUGAGGUAUUUACCUAAACAAAACAUCACUGAAAAUUCAGACUCAACAAUAUCUUUCUUCUUGCCAAACAUUGCUCGCUUUGAACCUGAUCUUUCCAUUGGGCCGGAAAACGACUCUUUCACCAUUGUCAACUUUGCUGUUGUGACAGCGCCUGUCUUGUAUCCAAGUAGUCUUGUACAAACACUGUUGAAUGUUUGGAUGAAGUCUUCAAAGUCAUUCCUGCUUCAGAACAGAACGGUGAAAGAAUUGCUCUGGGGCUAUGAAGAUCCCUUUUUGAAGAAAGUUCCCUUUCCAAUAGAUACGAAAGUGGGAAUUUUGGUCCCGUACAAUGAAACACUUGAUGGCCUUUACACUGUCUACAGUGGGAAAGAUGAUAUAAGCAAGACAGCACUCAUCCACAGCUAUAAAAACAAGAGCACCCUGUCAUUCUGGUAUAGUUAUUGUGACAUGGUCAACGGGACAGAUGGGGCAUCAUUUCCUCCUUUUCUCAAGAGGGAUCAGGUGCUGUAUUUCUUUUCUUCUGACAUCUGCAGGUCCAUUUAUGGAGAAUUUGACAGUGAUCAGGUUGUGAAAGGAAUCCCCCUUUAUCGCUUCAUAGUGCCUCCAGGAGCUUUUGCUUCACCCCUCAUCAAUCCAGAUAACAUCUGCUUCUGUCUAGAUAAAACCAUUUCAAAGAACUGCUCAUUAGCUGGGGUGAUGGACAUCAGCACGUGUAAAGAAGGCAAGCCAGUGGCUAUUACAUUGCCACAUUUCUUGUAUGCAAGUGAUGAAGUCAAGGAAGGUGUUGAAGGAAUGAACCCAAAUAAACAAGAGCAUAUGACCUAUUUAGAUAUUGAGCCAACCACAGGAUUUACACUACAGUUUGCCAAAAGGCUGCAGAUAAACCUAGUGGUGAAACCCGCUCCAAAAAUUACGGCCUUACAGAAAGUUCACGAACCCUUCAUAUUUCCCGUCCUUUGGCUCAAUGAGACAGCAGUUAUUGAUGAAAACAAAGCAGAGUUUUUCCGAUCCAAAGUGACAAAUAAGAUCAAAUUGCUACACCUGGUGGAAGCUGUGCUGCUCAUUGUUGGUGUGGUGAUGUUCGUGGGAUUUCUGGCCACAUAUUUAAUUUGCAGAGCACAAAAAGUCAAAUAAGUCUCUCACUGCUACAUCUGUAGGUGAAAACUUCAUUAACAAGGGGGAGAGGACAUAACUUCCAGAUGACCCCUCUGACAGCAUUGCCGAACUGUUGUUUGAGAAAUGCAAAUACCUUAUGGUAAAGCAUAGACAAUUACUGCAUCUUGGAAAUAAGGAAUCAACUGCUGUUCAUGAGAACUGUUCCAAGGCUGUGAAAAUGUGAAUUCAUGGAUUAGCAUUAUGCUGGAGAUCUAGAUCUAAUCUACACCAAACCUGCCUCUGUUUUAUCACUUCCUUAUUUCUUUCCUUGGAAACAGAAGCAAAAUGGGCUUGUGUUCACUGGUCUCAAAUCUGUGUGCAAUCUUAUUUUCCCUCUUCAGUCGUCCUGUGAAAAAAGAAACUGUUGACGAACUAUAGCAAAGAAAUUUACAAUAAAAUAGUUUUUGGAAAGUAA